AUGGCCUCAUUACAACAGCAACAAUCCGUUGAUGAUUAUCACAUAUGGCGAAGUGAUUAUGGUCAAAUAAUUCAUGUACCUUACCGUUAUAGUCGUGUUUGGGAGAUCGAAAAACUCUGGAAUCCAGAAUUCAUACAUUGGUUCUUCAAUAAGUAUUGGAGUUGUUCAAUCUAUAUAGCGAUACUAUACGCAGUAAUUGUGCAUGCGCUACAACGGUAUCAACAAUCACGUAAAGCAUGGGUUCUACGUCAUUCGUUAUGCAUAUGGAACGCAUCACUUGCUUUUUUUAGUAUUGUUGCCACUUUCAGAUUUGGUGAGGAAUUUAUGUACACCUUUCUGAAUCGGCCCAUAUUGCACUCAUUAUGUUAUUCAAUAAACCCAACAAGUCCUGCAUCAUUUUGGGCAUGCGCAUUCGCGUUAUCAAAAAUCGCUGAAUUAGGCGAUACGUUCUUUGUGGUUAUGAGGAAAAAACCACUUAUUUUUUUGCACUGGUAUCAUCAUGCUGUGGUUUUGGUUUACAGCUGGAAUUCAGCCGUUGAAUUAACCGCAGCCGGUCGUUGGUUUAUAUUUAUGAAUUUUUUCGUUCAUUCAAUAAUGUACACGUACUAUUCAUUCACCUCGUACGGUAUACGUCCACCACGUGUGUUAUCGAUGUGUAUCACUGCCUUACAAACCUCACAAAUGCUUAUUGGUGUGGCCAUUUCAAUUACCGUUCUUAAUCUCAAACUCAAUGGCACUUUGUGUCAACAAUCAAUGGACAAUCUAGCGUUAUGUUUCGCCAUCUAUGCAUCAUUCGCGGUACUUUUCAUGCGGUUCUUUUAUGACGCUUACAUGAGACCGAGAAAAGCUGCUGCUGCUCAACAAGCAAUAAUGACUCCAAAUAAAGAAUCAGUCAACAAGAAGGAUGAAUAA